AUGAAUAAAAUUAUAAUAUUUAUUUUAUUUUUAAUAUCAAUUUUACAAAGUGUUAGAGGGUUUACAGAUACAGAUGAGAUUGUUGUUUUAUAUUUAGAAGCUCCAUUAUUUUUUUCAAAAUUUGGAACAUUAUUAGCAAAUGUUAAUGCUUUUCAUAGUGGUUUAGGUUUUUAUUCUUUAAAUAGUAAUGAAACAUAUCAAGUUGAUUUUGUAGCAGUACCAGGAGUAUUGGAAUCAAUUUUACCAAAUAAAAUUGAAAAUGGUGAGAUCAUUUGGAAUACUAGUGGUAAAGUUCAAUUUAGUGAUUCUAUUGAUAAUACAGGUUAUUGGAGUUCAGAGAAAGAAAUAAUGACAAUUAAUAAUGAAAUCUUUGAAACAUUUUUAUGUUGGGCUCAAAAUUAUAAUGAAUCACUCUCAUACUAUCAACUAUUUGAUGUUUUAAAUAGAAAUACUAAUGAACUUUUAGUUAAAAGUGUAGUUUGUAAUGAUUUCGUUUGGGCUGGUUUUAAUGCUUUAUAUAAUUUAGGUGGAAAAUAUAUAAAUGAUUCAAUUAUUGCAUCUAGAGAUAUUGUAACAUUAUAUACUAGAGAAUCAAUUGAAUAUGUUCAAGAUGGUUCAACAAAUAUUGAAGUAAUUAGUUUCUAUGAAGCAAUGUUAAAUAUUUCAAUACCAAAGAAUCAAACAAUCAAUGGAUUAAUCGAAGAAUUGGAUGAAUUAUUUAAAGGAAAUUUCUAUCUUUAUGUUAAUGGUGAUUAUUAUAAUGUUACAUUGGAUUCAAGUCCUUUCAGUUUUGCUUACUCUGAAUCACCUUUACCAAUAGGUGAAAGAGAUUUAUCAAAUAUAACUUUAUUAGAAAGUUGUCAUUUUCAACAUAGUAGUGAUAAUGAUAUUAUUUUGAAUAAUAAAAAUGGUAUUGGUGGUUGGAUUUUUAUUAUAAUAUUAUUAUCAUUUACUACAGUUUAUUUAGUUGGUGGUAUUUUAAUUAAUAAAUUUAAGAAUGAAAAAUCUGGAUUAGAUUUAAUUCCAAAUAAGGAUUCAUGGUCAAGUUUAGGUGGUUUAAUUUCUGAUGGUUUUGGCUUCAUUAAAUCAAAAGCAACAGGUUCAACAAGUGGUGGAAAUGGUUAUUCAAGUAUAUAA